CCUUCUUUUAUAUUUAAAAAAAAAUUAAAAAUUAAAAUAAGAUUGAGUCGAUGGGAUUGUGAUUGUUCCUAUCCAAACACGAAUUGCAACCUCUUCGCAAGUCCAAAACGGGUGCAGAGUUGCAACCAAACCCAACUCACGGAAUACAUUCUGCACAGACCCAAAAGACAACCCUUGAACAAAUUAUAUAUUGCCGACUCCUCUGCCCUUCCCUUCUGGUCUUCUCUGCAUUUCCUUCAAACCACUUCUUGCCCUGUCUCAGCUAUCCAUUCCUUCCAGUUUGCCUACUCCGUUUACCUCGUUUCAAUUCCUUUGUUCUCGCCAUUGCUCCGAUUCUCUUUCUCGUUUCCCACCGUCGCCCCAAGUAACCUCUUUCUCUACGCUUUGUCUGCUCUCGAUUGAUUGAUUUUGUUUUAAGACUCUUUUCCAUUUUUUAGUGAUAAAUUUCAGGUCUUUUUCAUAUGAGAUUUUGUAGGAUAGAUCUGAUUGUAUAGGUUCUGGUUCUGGUUCUCGGUCUACUCAUCGAAUCCAAUUCGUCGAAAAGAAAGAACGUAUUUUUGAUGGGUCGAAAGAAGCCGAUGGUUCGUGGGGACGAAGCCCCUGCUGCGGUGUCUAAGUCGAAGAAGAAGGAGGUCGUCAUCGACGACGAUGAGUACACUAUCGGAGUUGAGCUGUCCGAGGAGCCAGAGGCUCAAGAUAGGGUUGCUGUAACUGGGAAGAAGAAGGGUAAGAAGGGGGGCGCGAAAGCUUUGAACCCCAAGGACGAUGAGGGUGACGAUGUCGAAAAGGAAGAGGACGAUGCUCCUGAUACGAUGUUUACUGGGAAGAAGAAAGGGAAGUCGAAGAAGGGCGGUGGGAAUAGAGCGUUUAACGCUUCUGGAUUCGGUUUGUUGGGAGAAGAGGAUGACGAUGAGGAUGGACGCUCUGGACUAACUGAUGAGAAAGACAGUGUGGAAGAUGAUGAUGAGCAAGUGGUAAGCUUCUCAGGGAAUAAGAAGACGAAGAAGAAGAAGCCGUCCAAGGACGCCAGCAUGGGUGGUAGUAGUUUGUUUAGUGCAUCGGCGUUUGAUGCUAUUGAUGAUGAUGGUGACAAUCUUGAUGAUAAUGAGGGGGAGGAGGUGGAUAAUUCUUUGGGAGAAAGUAAAGUUGAGGAUGGCGAUGAUGAAGAUGAGCAAGUAAUUGCUUUUACAGGGAAGAAGAAGAAGUCAUCCAAAGCCAAAGGUGGCAGCAAAGGUGGUGGUGGUAGUGUGUUCACAACGUCUGAUUUUAACGGGCUGGAUGAUGGGGAUGAAAAGAAAGAAGAGGAUGAAGAUGUUGCCCCGCUUACUUUCUUGGGUAAGAAAAAGAAGUCUUCAAAGAAGACUGUUGGUAGUAGUAGUUCCUUUAGUGCUGUGUUGGCUGAUGAGGAGAAUGAUGAAGAUACUUCCGUGUCUGAACAUACUAGAGCUGAUGAUGAUACUGUAGGGGAUGAAGAUUUCUCUGCAAUCACAUUUUCGGGUAAGAAAAAGUCUUCAAAGAAAAAGAGUAGUAGCGUUUUUACUGAACUGGGAGAUGAAGCUGAAGUUAGGAGUAUAGAUGAACCUGAACAACCGAGUAUGGGAACUAGUAAUGUGGUAGCUGAAGUGUAUAAAGUUAAUAAGAGUGAAGAGGUAAAGGACACUUCUAAAACUAAGAAGAAAAAGAAGAAGGGUGGAAGAACAGCUGAGGAGGAGGACGAUUUAGAUAAGAUUCUUGCAGAACUCGGUGAGGCGCCUCCUAUGUCAAAGCCGGCUGCUCUUCCACAAGAAGAGAAAAUUGAGGUUCAACCUGAACCAGUUGCUCUGGCUGAUGAGAAGGAAGGUGAAGAAGAGAGUGUGGAUUCUGCUGCAGCAAAGAAGAAGAAGAAGAAGAAGGAGAAGGAAAAAGAGAAGAAGGCAGCAGCAGCAGCAGCUGCUGCCACUGUUUUGGAGGUGAAGGAUGAAACCCAGGAUGAAAUAAUAACUGAACCAACAAAGCCAAAGAAGAACGAAUCUAAGAGUAAAGCUGCGGACAAGAAAGUGCCAAAACAUGUUAGGGAAAUGCAAGAAGCAAUUGCUCGGAGAAAAGAAGCUGAAGAGAGGAAGAAGAGGGAAGAAGAGGAAAGGUUGAGGAAGGAAGAAGAGGAGCGACGGAAGCAAGAAGAACUAGAGAGACUAGCAGAAGAAGCUAAGCGUAGAAAGAAGGAAAAGGAAAAAGAGAAAUUGCAGAGAAAAAAAGCGGAAGGUAAGCUUUUGACUACGAAGCAGAAGGAUGAAGCCCGAAGGUUGGAAGCAAUGAAGAACCAGUUCCUUGCUAAUGCAGGGAUGCUUCCCCCAUCUACAGACACUGUUGCACAAAAUAAACGUCCCAAAUAUCAGAACAAGAAGCAAAAACCAACUCACGAUAAAGCAAAUGGCGGUGCUCCUGACAAGCGGGUGGAAAAUGUAGAAGCAAAGGAAGAACCACCAGAGACUCUGGCCAAGAUGGAUAGCGUCGAUUCAGAGAAAGUUGAUGAGGAGUCCAUUGACAUGGAGGACAAGUCUGAAGUGGCUGAGGCUGUCGAAGAUAAUGGAGUGGAAGAAGAUGAUGAUGAGGAUGAAUGGGAUGCAAAGAGCUGGGAUGAUGUUGCAGUUAAUCUUUCUAUUAAAAGUGCGUUUGCUGAUGAAGAGGUCGACUCUGAGCCUGACCCAGUGGUUAAAAAGGAGACAAAGGUUGCAAUACCAACUUCUCACAAUGCUGCACCUCCUGCAACUGCCAAACCAAUGGGUGCUGCUAAGAAAACCACUCCUUCCCAUCCAAUAACAUCUCUGAAUCUUGAGAACAAGGAAAUACAGGAAGCUGAACUUGCUGAAAAAAAUAACAGAAAAGAUGAAUCCUCGAAAAAAGAAGCUUCAAGGUCUGAUUCUACCUCCAAACUGAGUGAAGAUAACCUUCGUUCCCCAAUUUGCUGCAUCAUGGGCCAUGUUGAUACUGGUAAAACAAAGUUGCUGGAUUGUAUCCGAGGCACUAAUGUUCAGGAAGGUGAAGCUGGAGGUAUCACUCAACAAAUUGGUGCAACAUAUUUUCCUGCUGAGAACAUUCGUGAGAGAACCAAGGAACUGAAAGCUGAUGCAAAACUGAAGGUCCCGGGUCUAUUGGUUAUUGAUACUCCUGGGCACGAAUCCUUUACUAAUUUGAGGUCACGGGGUUCGGGUUUAUGUGAUAUUGCAAUUUUGGUUGUCGACAUAAUGCAUGGCUUGGAGCCACAAACAAUAGAAUCACUUAACCUUUUGAAAAUGAGGAAUACAGAAUUCAUUGUUGCAUUGAAUAAGGUGGAUAGGCUCUAUGGAUGGAAAACAUGUCGCAAUGCACCAAUUGUGAAGGCCAUGAAACAACAAUCUAAGGAUGUACAAAAUGAAUUCAAUAUGAGGGUCACUCAGAUUGUAACCCAGUUCAAGGAGCAAGGUCUAAAUAGUGAAUUGUAUUAUAAGAAUAAGGAAAUGGGGGAAACUUUUAGCAUUGUACCUACAAGUGCUAUUAGUGGCGAAGGCAUCCCAGAUUUGUUAUUAUUAUUGAUUCAAUGGAGUCAGAAAACUAUGGUUGAGAAACUUACAUAUAGCAAUGAAAUUCAGUGUACAGUGUUGGAAGUCAAGGUCAUUGAAGGUCAUGGGACAACUAUUGAUGUUGUUUUAGUCAAUGGUGUGCUUCAUGAAGGAGAUCAAAUAGUUGUUUGUGGCAUGCAGGGACCUAUUGUCACCACAAUUCGAGCUUUAUUGACGCCCCAUCCAAUGAAGGAACUUCGAGUCAAGGGGACUUAUCUGCACCAUAAGGAAAUCAAGGCAGCAAUGGGUAUCAAGAUCUCGGCACAGGGCCUUGAACAUGCUAUAGCUGGCACUGGUCUAUAUAUUGUAGGUUCAGAUGAUGAUUUAGAGGAUGUCAAGGAAGCAGCUAUGGAAGAUGUGGAGUCAGUCAUGAGCAGGAUUGAUAAGAGUGGUGAGGGAGUUUAUGUGCAAGCGUCUACCUUAGGCUCCUUGGAAGCACUGCUCGAGUUCUUAAAGUCCCCAGCUGUAAACAUUCCUGUUAGUGGUAUAGGCAUAGGCCCAGUACAUAAAAAGGAUGUCAUGAAGGCCAGUGUAAUGCUUGAAAAGAAAAAGGAAUAUGCUACUAUCUUGGCAUUUGAUGUAAAAAUUAUGAAGGAUGCUGAGGAACUUGCAGAGUCUCUAAGUGUGACAAUUUUUCGGGCCGAUAUCAUUUAUCACUUGUUUGAUCAAUUUAAGGCCUAUAUUGACAACCUCAAGGAGGAAAAGAAGAAGGAAACUGCUGAUGAUGCGGUCUUCCCAUGUGUCCUUAAAAUUUUACCCAACUGUAUUUUCAACAAGAAGGAUCCAAUUGUAUUGGGGCUUGAUGUCCUUGAAGGCAUUGCAAAGGUUGGGACUCCGAUUUGUAUUCCUCAGAGGGAUUUUAUUGAUAUCGGACGAAUUGCAUCCAUUGAAAAUAAUCAUAAACCUGUGGAUAUUGCAAAGAAAGGGCAGAAGGUUGCAAUUAAGAUAGUUGGCACCAAUCCUGAGGAACAGCAAAAGAUGUUUGGUAGGCACUUUGAGCUUGAGGAUGAACUUGUCAGCCACAUCUCGAGGAAGUCAAUUGAUGUACUUAAAGCUAAUUAUAGGGAUGAUCUGUCUGUUGAGGAGUGGAAGUUGGUUGUGACAUUGAAGAGACUUUUCAAGAUACAAUGAUGAGGCAACUUUGAGUAGCUUUCCAAGAACAAAGGAGCUUCAUCGAGACUGCUCUGUUACAAACAAUGAUGCAGAAGGAAUGUGGUGGAGAAGAAGCUUUUGUCUAUCAUUUGGCCACUUGGUUUGACUUGGGGAGGGUGGUGCAAGGUUCCAUUGUCUUGCACAGAGAAGCCCUUUUGCUCAGAGUGACCAAUUAACUUGGUUUGAUUUUUGUGAAAAUCUCUUUCUUCUUCUUCUUCUUCUUCUUCUUCAUUAUUAUUAUUAUUAUUAUUAUUAUUAUUAUUUUUUUUUUGGGUGGUGUUGGCAUAGGAAAGAGGUUUCGGUACAAACAGGCAAUCGAGGGAAUGUAAUAAUGAUUAUAUAGAGGAGCCAUAUGAUGUUGAUAUAUUGGCAAUACUUUUUUUUGAAAGAAAAAAUAAUAGCCCGGCGGGUAUUUUCAAA